AUGCGCCAGAUGUCGAGAAUAUCAGAUGCGGACGGAGAGGGUUAUCUUUACGCUUAUGUCCAUUUCGAUAUGUGGAAGGUGGGGAUGUUGAAGAAUUUCAUUCGUCGUCAAGAAGAAUGGGAUAGAGAUUGCCCUGAUGGAUGGCGGAUAUGGCUUCCACCAAUCCGGGUCGCGAACAGGCGAAGAGCAGAGGCUGUAGCGCAUCUUCUGCUCGAAAUGGCGUGCAUUGACCGCCCGCGCGUGUACUGUUAUCAUUGUCAACGGACACAUACCGAGCAAUUCCUUUUCUCCGGAUCUUGGCCCGUUGUCUGGACCACGAUCGUCUAUCCGAUUAUCCUAAGGGCUGCUGUUGCAUAA